GUCGUCGUCGUCAAACGAAACAGAUCCCCAGCCUCUCUUUAUACGCCGUCUUCAUGUUGGUUGGUUUGCCUGCUGCUUUGUUAGUAACCCAACAUUCACCAGUCUAAAUUGUAGUAUCCAACAUCCAAUAGGCAAGGCUGGAUCCUUCCAUCUCCUUGUUGAUCGCUCACAUACCGCUGGUCCUCUGACAACCUGGGAACUCUAGCUAAUUAGUGCUAAUUAGUGCUAAUUAGUGUGGGCGUCUCACCACCAACAUCGAUUGUAUGUACUGCGAUGCACUGUAACUUAUGUCAAAGUUUGACUCUCGACAACUAACAUCAACAAAAAAAAAGAGGCCUUGUUAUAAGAUCUCUUACUUCUCAAGGCUCUCCUCAGUAUCAAAACCUCAAAAUAUACUUCAAUACCGCCGAUAACCAUCAGACGAAACAAUCUUAAUCGUCCCAGCCAUUCACCGUCACAAACGCCGACGUGGGAUAAGCGUAUAAGCGAGACGGUGUAGCGUUACUCGAAACCAUCCUCGAACGCAGCCUUGAGACACAACCUACGCCUUCGCCUUCCCCUAAACAACCCGGUAUUCUAUUUGCGAUUCGAUCAAAAAUACACGUUGUCGGCGAUCAACUCUUGCUCUACCCCGCCACGAUAGGGGGGAUAGAUACCACUACCACAACACGAUACCCUCACUUCAUCGCAAAGACCCCUGGACUACGCCCAAAGAUCUAAACUAUCCACGAUGCCGAGCCCGACUGGCGCACCAAUCGGUGGCUACGCGCCAGGCCAAUUUAUGAAUCCAGGUCCAGCUCCUCGACCUCCCACAGACAGACCUCGUCUCAACCUCACUCCUGCGACUGUCAACCUCCCCGGCAACAUGUCUUCCCUGAGCAUCGCAUCCCCAAUCACGAGAACAGCCACAUCGACCUACUCGGGGUCAACAGUGUCGCUACCACUGGCCCGACAGAAUACCAAUCCCUCCCAGGACGGACAAAGUGGACAGGGUGGAGUUUCUGUGAUCAAGGAGGGCUGGGCCACCGUCAAGGAUGGAAAGUUCAUAAACCCCUGGCGACAAAAGUACCUAGUCCUACGAAAAGAGGCGUUGGACUUUCACAAACAAGACGGUGGGAAGGUGUCAUACUCGAUAGUUCUGAAGGAUGUUGUGGGUGUCUCGCGCGUGGAAGCUACGGGGAUAAUAUUCGAAGUCAAGAGAUAUUCAGAUGGAGCCUCGACUAAUCCUGGAGACGACAACGACGGUGUAAGGACAUUGCAGAUAAAGGUGAAGAGCGACGACGAUUUAUACCAGUGGAUUGAUUUCAUAUAUGCUCGCUGCCCAGGAAUGGGUGGAGUGAGCAAUCCUACUAAUUUCUCCCAUGCGGUGCACGUUGGAUUCGACAACACCACCGGAAAGUUUGUCGGCCUUCCCCCCGAGUGGUCCAAGCUUCUCAACUCUUCUGCGAUCACAAAGGAGGACUACGAGAGAGAUCCGCAGGCCGUGUUCGAGGUCCUUGAAUUUUACUCUGACAUCACUAAGCGCAACGAAAACCCAGAGAAAUAUCCCAGCUUGACACCAACGCCGCCAGCUCUCGCAAACCAGCAGCAUAAACAGUUGGGGUACUCCAGCUCUGGGUCAUCGGUUGCGCCUCCACGACAGAGCCCAAGCAGUAGCCAGCGCAGUGGCAGCAAUGGCAGCCCAUCGAAUAUGGCGCCAGUUUCCGGAAGCCAGCAACAGCAGCUUGAGCAGAUGCGACAGAUGGCGUCUCACUUCAAGCCACAGGCAUCCAGCCGCGAAGAUCUGCGCCAAAAUGAGAUACAGCACCAGCGCGAUCGUGAGCGUCGUGAGGACGAAGAGCGCGAACGGAGAGAAGUGGCCGAGUACAAUGCCUCGCUACCAAAGACGAGAACGCCAAUGGCCCAGCAAGAAAUCGGUGGAGGCGGCUAUAGCAGCCCAGGCGGCACCGAGAAAUACAACCCAACGCGUGCAGCUCCACCUGCUCCUGGUGUUUCGCGAGCUCCCCAGGCAAACGGCUCCUUUCGGACAAACCAGAGACAAGCACCUCCCGCGCCAACAUCAGCAAGUGGUCCUCGUCCGGGCAUAGGCGGCCAGCAACAAAGCUCAUCAUCUAUACCACGAGAUGUCCAGCAGAGCAGAGAGAGAGAUCAGAACGGCCGCGCCUCACCUAGAUCCGAGGCAAGCUCGCAGAGGAGCGAGAGCCCGAGAUACCAGAACGGCGGACAACCACAGUCACAAACUCUCCGCACACAGCCCAAUGGCCAGGCCCAGCAGCAGACAAGCCGCAUGCAGCAGCCUGCUGUAUCGCAACCGAAGCCCCUCAACGUCCAGAAGACCGCACCAAGCGCGCAGGUCCCUGCUCAGAGUGAUGGUGUCAAGGCCGCGGAAGCUGCGCUCACUUCCAAGCCUCUAACGCCCCGCAAGAACGACGUGCGGAUGUCGACCAUGUCAGAGGCCGAUGUUAUGAUCAAGCUAAAGGAAGUCGUCUCCAAAGAUGACCCAGGACUCUCGUACGCGAAGCAGAAGAAGAUUGGACAGGGUGCCUCUGGAUCCGUCUACGUUGCCAAGGUCAAGGAGAAUGCUGUUUCGCCAAUUGCACGCCAGGUGCUGCGCGACCAGGGACCCAAGGCGCAAGUCGCGAUCAAGCAGAUGGAUCUGGCACACCAACCAAGGAAGGAGCUUAUCGUCAAUGAGAUUAUGGUAAUGAAGGACAGCAGGCACAGAAACAUUGUUAACUUCCUCGAUGCAUUUUUGCGAAACAAUUUCACGGAGCUAUGGGUCGUCAUGGAGUUCAUGGAGGGUGGUGCCUUGACGGAUGUCAUUGACAACAACCCUGUCAUCACCGAAGACCAGAUUUCAACUAUUUGUUUAGAGACUUGCCGUGGUUUGGAGCAUUUACAUCAACAGAGUAUCAUCCAUCGUGACAUCAAAAGUGACAACGUCCUCUUGGAUGCGCGAGGAAACGUCAAGAUCACCGAUUUCGGUUUCUGCGCGAAGCUCACGGAGACCAAGUCGAAGCGCGCUACCAUGGUUGGAACUCCGUACUGGAUGGCGCCUGAAGUUGUGAAGCAAAAGGAAUACGGCCCCAAGGUCGACAUCUGGUCGCUAGGUAUCAUGGCCAUCGAAAUGAUUGAGUCUGAGCCGCCGUACCUCAACGAAGAGCCGCUGAAGGCGUUGUACCUCAUCGCUACCAACGGAACGCCUCGCCUCAAGAAGCCGGAGAAGUUAAGCAAAGAACUCAAGGCCUUCUUGUCCGUCUGUCUCUGCGUCGACAUCCGCAGCAGAGCCAGCGCAGAUGAGCUCCUCAAGCACGAUUUCCUGAAGCAUGGCUGCGGACUAAGCAGUCUUGCUGAGCUCCUUGCCUUCAAGAAGCAUGCGAAAUAGACGACGACCGGGAUAAUGAGCAUCGAGGCAAGAGUAUCAAUAUGAAAGAAUGUAUGGUACCCUUUUUGGAGGGGGGUUUAACAACAAGCUAUUACAAUAUCUCAAGGCGGGUCCGCACAUAUCAUCUAGUUGGUUUCGAACAUACACACUUUUUCCCACUGGUGCUUGGGGACAUUGGCUUUGUACGCCUAGCUUGCAAUCACUACUCUGCGACGCCGUUGGGGCGGGAUAUGGAGAGGGCCACCAUGGAUAGAGUUUUAAAUUUCUGUCAACGCGACGCUUAUUGGACGCUUUGCCUGAGCGGUGGCGGGUUAUUGAAAAGGCAGCUAUCAAUUUGAGCGAGCGUGUGCGCGGAGAUUUUUAUUUGGUGGGAUGAAUGAUGGGUGAUGAUGAUGGAUUGACAGGCCGGGUUGUGGGCUGUUGGGUAGAGUGGUGCCUGGGAACGAUUUUCUCGGUGAAUGGCACAUAAAUAGUUUUUAUGUUAGGCUAUUAGGGGGUACAGGAGCAUGAUUCGGGACGGGCCGAUAUGCCUUGGAACUCAAAAUGGGAAGUUAAAGAGGAUAAAACGUUUGUGAUAUGUUUGGUGCCCAUGUGAUAUGUCUAUUUUCGAA